UCUUUGUCUACAUCUAGCUUGGCACAGAGGGGCAGACAUAUCCUGAAAAGUGUGGGUGAGACAUACAUAGCACUCUUGGACCUGAAGGUGAGCCAACCUGGGAGAAACAUGAUCUUUCAGCAUGGCAGGAUUUGAAAGAUGGCCCUUCUUCAGGCUAAUAAGGAUCUCAUUGCCACAGGAAUUAAGGAAUUUAAUGUUCUGCUGAAUCAGCAGGUCUUCUCUGAUCCUCCUAUCUCUGAAGAAGCCAUGGUGACUGUGCUGGAUGACUGGGUGAACUUCUACAUCAACUAUUACAAGGAGCAGAUGGUGGGGGAGCAGCAGGAGCAGGACAGGGCUCUGCAGGAACUUCGGCAAGAGCUGAAUACUCUGUCUGCCCCUUUCCUGGCCAAAUAUAAGGCAUUCCUGAAGUCCUUGUGAGCACCCUAACCACCCACUGCCUUUCUCCUAGCCCAGAGACAGGCCUGCAUCUCCAGGAAACCCUUAAAUCCCGCCUCUGUAUUCCUCAAAUCCUCAUGCUCUUGCCCGUUCAUAGUGUUAUUCUACCUUGAAACCUCAAUAAAGACGGAUACUGGUUUUUCCGGUC